AUGGAUACGCACGAGCUCAUAAGCAGAAAUAGCCAACAAGCUGAGGUUGAACAGCAUGGGCAUAGAAUUAAUAGCAAACUUCCAGAUUUUCAUCCGGAUCUCGAUAGAAAGGAGAGAAAAUUGACAGAAUGCUGUUGCGAAUAUGAUUGA